AUGGUUGCACAGAUUGGGGAAACACAUAUGCUCACAUGCAAUACUACUGGCUGUGCAUCACCAAGUUUUUCCUGGAGAACCCAGAUGGACAACCCCCUGGGAGGAACAGUGGACAACUAUAGGACAUACUCUACCUUGACUAUGAAUCCAGUUAGCAUUGCAAACUCUCAUGCUUAUCUGUGUACUGUCGUCUGUGAUGAGAAAGAGAAAAAAGAGAAGAGUGUCAAAGUUGAACUUUACUCUUUUCCCAGUGACCCUGUUAUUGAGAUCAGUCCGUCCUCAGUUGCUGGAGAACCAGUCACUGUCACCUGUAAAAUUCCUGAUGUGUAUCCUUCUGAUCAUUUGGAAGUACUCUUAAAGAAAGAGGAACAUGUUCUUCAUGAGAAAAAUUUUUAUGAAGAUGAUAGUACAAAUACAGAGACUAAAAUUGUGACAUAUUCAUUUAAUCUCACGGCUGAAGAUAUUGGGAAAGAAAUUGCCUGUGUGGCCAAGCUACCCAUGCCUGAUAUGGACUUUGAACCCAAAGAAAGAGUAUCUUCCCAGAAACUGAAUCCAAACUUUGGUCCACAAAAUACUAUCAUUAUUGCAUCUCCUGGCAACUCCCCAAUGGAAGGAGACUCUCUAAACCUCACUUGUAUGACUGACUGUAACCCGCCACCACAAAUAGUGUGGAGAAAACAUUCAGCUGACAAAAGCAUUCAGCAUCUGACAAAAACCAGUGUCCUUUCUAUUCCCCAUGCCCAUUUCAGUGAUUCAGGACUGUACGUCUGUGAAGUAAUUAAUCUGGUAACUAAUAAAACAGAGAAGGCAACUGUGGACAUUGUUAUACAAGGUGCUCCAAAUGUUACAGAACUCUCCAUUGAGCCUUCUAGAACAGUUCAAGAAGGAGAAAAUGUUUCUGUAAAAUGUUCUGCUGAGAGUAACCCUCCUCCUAAGAUUAUUUUAAGGAGAAAAUCUGACAGUGCUGACAUUGGUCCUUACAGUGAGGGGAGUAUUCUCCUUCUUCCAUCUGUGACAUUCCUAAGUGGAGGAGACUAUGAAUGUGUAGCAGAAAAUAAGUUUGGGAAAAGUAAAAGUGAAAUAACACUUAAUGUGGAAUAUGGGCCGAAGAACACAAUGAUCUCUGUCAUCCCUACUACUGCUGUUAAAGAAGGAGAAACUGUGACAAUGAAAUGUACUAGUUCUGGUAAUCCAUCUCCUGUGAUCUCUUGGAAGAAAAAGGAAGCCACUGGGGAGUCUGCGAAAAGUUUCAAAAAUGCAACUUUAACUAUACAGAACAUAAAAACUCAAGAUCUGGGGCUUUAUGAAUGUGAAGCUUAUAACCAAUUUGGCAAAGAAGCAAAAGCUGUGAAAUUACUUCUUCAAGCAAGAUUGGAAGAGCCAGAUCAAAUGAUACCAUUGAUUAUUGCAUUCUCCUCUGUAACAGCAAUAGCAGUACCAGGAGUUGCAAUUCUGAUCUACGUGUCAAGAAGAGCAAAGAUAAAUGGAUCCUACAGUCUAGUAAAAGCACUCAGGCUGAAAGUGUGAUCACAUGAAUAUAAAUCUUUAGUUGAUAAGAAGCAAAUUUAUUUAUUGUUGUGACUGGUUCUACUCUUCCAUAACAUACGGUAACAAACAAGUGACUUAACAACAGCACCAUGUGAUAGCAAAUGGAUUUUUUUCAGGUUUUGUUAAGUAUUUAGGGUUUUAAAUUCAAGGAAAAGCUACCAUCCUCUACUAGAAACUGGUAAAUCAUUUGUAUUGAAGCAUGCUCAGCAGAGUUCCGUGGAGAACUAAGUUUGUACAUAGUGUAUGAUUUGUCUUAUAAA